AUGGCGUCAUAUCUCCGGGAAGUGAACAACAAGUACCCAGAUAUCACCAAGCUGUACAGCAUUGGGGAAAGUGUCAAAGGUGAGGACCUGUGGGUACUGGCGAUCGGCAGCUCGUUUUCCAAUAUCGAUCUUCGACCGCACGUGAAGUACAUCGGAAAUAUGCACGGCAAUGAGGCCGUAAGGCGAGAGUUGUUGCUGCACUUGAUUGACCUAUGCGUGACGUCAAACGGCACAAAUUUGACCCUGACUCAGUUCCUUAACACCACAACUGUGCACAUCAUGCCGUCAAUGAACCCCGAUGGUUACAACAUAUCCGUGGAGGGUCAGUGCGUGAAUAGCUUAGGCAGAAACAACGCCAACGGGAAGGACUUGAACCGAAACUUCCAUGAUUUAAUUCACGACGCGGCAGUGAAACCCGUCCAACCGGAAACGCAGCACGUGAUAGACUGGCUGGACGACUACAAUUUUGUUCUCUCUGCCAACUUGCACGGCGGUAGUAAAUUGGUUGCAAACUACCCCUUCGACUUUUAUUUCUUAAGUCGCGGCAUGCAGGUUUACAACUACCUUGCUGAAGGCAUAUUUGACAUCACAAUAGAAUUGUCCUGCUGCCCCUUUCCGAGUGCGUCAUCUCUCACCGAUUACUGGGUGAAGAACAAAGACGCGUUGGUCAACUACCUUUUGUUGGCUCACAUGGGUGUAAAGGGAUAUGUUCGGGACGAAAACAACAACUCGUUGGAUGGCGCUGUUUUGAACCUUGAAGGACGAGCAUUCCCGACAUUCAGGUCUAAACAUGGCGGCCAGUACUUCCGGCUCCUUAUGCCAGGCACAUAUACUUUGAAUGUCAGUUACAAGAACCACAAGGAGACCACAAAGUUCAUCGUGUCGGCUGGCGUCGUCACACGCGUUGACGUCACUUUGGUCCUUGACAAACCUGAAACUUCAAUUGAAACUGAAACUAAAAAUGAUAUUAAAACUGACGUUGUGGACGCUGACCAACCUGAAUCUUCAAUUGAAACUUCAACUAAAACGGAAACUGAAACUACAAUUGAAGCUGUGGACACCGACAACACUGAAACUGAAACUACCACAGCUACUAAAACCACCACAGUUACUGAAACUACCACAGCUACUGAAACUACCACAGCUACUGAAACUACCACAGCUACCACAGCUGUAACUGAAAAUAGAGCUAAAUCUCAAACUGAAACUGAAGUUAAAACUGUGGACGCUGAAAAACUUGAAAAUGAAGCUGAUACUGGAAUUGAAACCAACAAACGCGGCCUCUCGAACAACGCGCUUAAAUGUUCACCCUCUUUGUCAACUACUAGUAUAGCCACGUUCUAUGUGGCCAUAAGUCGAGAGUUAUUGCUGCACUUGAUUGACCUGUACGUGACGUUAUACGGCACAAAUAUGACUCUGACUCAGUUUCUUAACACGACCACUGUGCACAUCAUGCCUUUAAUGAACCCCGAUGGUUAUAGCAUAUCCGUGGAGGGUCGGUGCGAGGGUAUCUUAGGCAGAUACAACGCCAACGAGACGGACUUGAAGAAAAACUUCUCCGAUUUAGUUCACGACGCGGCAGAGAAACCCGUUCAACCGGAAACGCAACACGUUUUAGACUGGCUGGACAACUACAAUUUUGUACUCUCUGCCAGCUUGCACGCCUUGGCUUUGGUCAGUAACAAGAACCACAAGGAGACCAAAAAGUUCAUCGUGUCGAAAGGCGUCGUCACACACGAUGACGUCACGUUGGUCCUUGACAAACCUGAAACUUCAAUUGAAACUGAAAAUGAAACUAAAACUGACGAUGUGGACGCUGACAAACUGAAACUAACACAGCUACUGAAACCACCACAGCUACCACAACUACCACAGCUACCACAGCUGCCACAGCUGGCGCUGUGGACGCUAACAAACCUGAAACUUCCAUUGAAACUGAAAAUGAAACUAAAACUGACGCUGUGA